AUGUAUAGUCUCUCAGGGAGUAUCACACAUACAAAUUCUGUUUCCGACCCUCAUGCAGACUCUCUGCGGGGUUUUGCGACUGCGGGAUUUUGCGACUGCGAGAACGUAUCCCUAUCAAGAUCAAGCUGGACGGGUCAUACCAGUAUCCAGAUGGCGCAACACUUGGGCUUUCUGGCUGAAUGUCAACGCCAUGCAGGAGCUGCAAUCUUUGUGGCCCUGACUCUAGUCCUUGGAUUGGCCAUCUUGCCGGGCGUCUUCCAGACGUUCAGCGACGAAAUGACCGUGAUCCCUAGGUUGGAAGAGGGGCUGGGACAUGCAGCCUCCCACCUGAGAGACCUUACUGCCCAGGAAGGGGCCGCAGAAUCGCAGCAUAAGUUCCUAAUGGACGAAGCACUUCGAGUGACAGAGAGCAACAUUGUCAAAAGAGAGGCAUAUAGAGGUCGCCGCACGGGCCUGCCAUUUAAAGAUAUGCAUGUGGAUGUGAUGACACGGCUCGGGCACAGCUUUGUGGACAUUCUCAAGGUGGACUGUGAGGGUUGCGAGUUUGCCAGCUUUAGGAAUCUGUUCCAGCCCAAUGCGGAAGUACCUGUAGGGCAAUUUCUGGUGGAAACACAUAGCAGAUACAGAGAAAUGGGGCCCGACGGAAAUGACUUCUCGCAGGUCAGUAGGUUGCUCCAAGAGUAUGAAGACGCAGGACUUAGGCUUUUUCAUGUGGAGCCAAAUUGGCGUUGGUGGCCAAAUGGGGUUGAAUGGGCUUUCAUAAAUGUGAAGCGUCUGGCAUGA